AUGCUCCGUCAAAACAUCAUUGUCAAUGAGGGCGACUCUCCAUUGGCAUACAAGUCCAGGGAAGUCACUAAUCCAGUGAUGCAGUAUGUCAGUUUUUUUGACCACAACUUUGAGCGCAAGCGGAAAGUUGAAGAAGUUUGCAAUGGUGCAAGUGGAAAGAAUGUUGAACCACUCCUCAGGUCCAUUCAAUCCUUCUGUAACAUUGCUUCAGAGUGGGGACUCAAUCAGGGUCGUCAAAAGAAGGCCUUGUUCAAGCAAUACCUCACUGCUGAACCGCUCAUGACCUAUCAGAGAAUUUCUGAUACUCACGGGAACUCAGUUCAGGACUUUGAAGACUCUGUUGAUGAGUUCAUUUGCGAAUACACUGGUGAAAAUCCCAAGUAUCAGGCGAACAUGUAUCUCUUUGAUACUUCCAAUCACAUUCGCAAACCGUAUAAUACAGAAAUUGGAAUUCACGCAAAUCACUUGAAAACCCUAUUUAUGUAUCACAAGAUGUGUUGGGAUAUGACGAAAUAUGAGUUUUUACGUUCCAAACGAAACUAUUCAAGUACGAGGUUUUCGACACGUGCGAUCGGAAUUUGA